AAACAAAUUACAUAAAAGUAAAGUUUUGUCUUGCGUGUUAUCAUUCUUGGUUAAUUUGGUAGCAGUAUUAGUGGCAAAAUGACAAAAGACACCGAUUCUUUAAUUUUUAAAGGACCAGUUUGGAAAGAUGUGGUAAAUGGAGGGAUUGGAGAAGAAUUUUGGGCCACUGCUCAGAAAUAUGGAUCUAAGCCAUUUCAGAUUGACGGAUUUUCUGGAAAAAUCCAAACUUUCGAGGAAGCGAAAAUACGUGCUAUUCGGGUUGCACUGGAUCUAAAAAAUUUAGGUGUUAAACCUCAAGAUAUGAUUAUAGUAUGUGGAAAUCCUAAUUUUGAUGCCCCUAUACCCGCGCUUGCUGCCCUUUUGCUAGGUGCUGCUGUUGUUGAGGUACUUCCUGAUAUUGAACUGUAUGAUGCUCGUUAUAAGAUUUCCCAAAUAAAACCAAAGGCUUUUUUUGUUACGGACAGUAAACUGCAUGUUUUACAGGAAAUACUGAAAACUUCUGAAGAACAACCUGAAGUAUAUGUUAUGGGAAAUGAAUCGGAAGGCUGCAGGUGGAUGAACUUAAUAGCAACAACCGCUGACCCUAAUGAAAACGAUUUUAAACCAGUUAAAGUUGAUAUUAAUGACCCCGCGUUUGUUAUCUUUAGCAGCGGAACCACCAGCACAUCCAAACCGAUUUGUUUGUCGCAUUUUUCAAUUCUAGCUUUAUCUGCCGCAGAAAACAAUGUUUCCCAAUUUGAUGUUUCAAACUUCCAACCAAUUCUCUUAUUUGUUCCCUAUUGCCACGUUUCUUCCAUUUGGAUACUAGCCAGCAGCAUUACUAAUGCUUGUCCAAUCAUUGCUGCGCCAAAGGUUUCCGCUGACAAACUUCUAGAGAUAUUUGCAAAUUAUGAAAUUACUUCGGCCUACCUAUCCUAUGGAAUCUUAACAGCUACAUGUGCGGUAGCAGAAUCUGUAUAUAAAAAAUACGAUUUAUCAAAAGUUACGAAAAUAAGUACUGGUGGAUCAUAUGUACAUCCCAAAUUCAUUGAAAAGUUAAAAGAAAUAUUUCCAAACGCAGCCAUUUUCAGAGGUUAUGGAUCCACUGAACAAUGUGGAACACCUUUCAUAUUUGAUAAAAACGCAGAUAAAGAUUUUAUUAAUAGUUACUCUGAAUCUUUGGGGAAUAAAAUUUUCCAUAAUUUUGAAGUUAAGGUUGUUGAUCCAGAAACCGGUAAGCUACUAGGACCAAAUCAGAAAGGUGAGCUCUAUACAAAAAGCCCAUACCAAAUGCUAGGAUAUUACAAUAAGCCAUGCAAAGAACAGUUCGAUGAAGAUGGCUUUCUCAAAACAGGAGAUCUCGUUUACUACGAUGACAAAGGAUUCUUUUACUUCUGCGAUAGGUUAAGCGCCGCCUUUAAGCAUAAGGGUGGUUUCAUUUUCCCUUCUUUGGUUGAAGAACGUCUCUCCCAACAUCCGUCUGUAAAAGAAUCAUCAGUUUUCGCUGUGCCACACGACGAAGAUAGAAACCGUAGUUUUGCCUGUGUUGUCCUGAAGCCUGGUAAAACGGCAACUGCAGAAGAAUUAUCAGCCUUUGUAGUAGAAAAAAUGGGAGAAUUCCAUGAGCUUGAUGGCGUUAAGUUUUUCAAAAAAUUUCCGUUAACAGCUAGUGAAAAAAUUGCCGUAUCCGAGUUAAAGAAAAUUGUUUUUGCUGAAAAGGGUAUUGCUUAGGUUUAUUUGAAUAUUUUAUUUUUGUGCCUUUUAAUGGCAGAAAUAUUUUAUUAUAUAAAUAUUAUUAAAAAGUAUGUAUGUAGAUUUCCAUAGUUUUUUUUAAAAAUAUAUUAUGCAAAAAUCAUAAAAUAUAAAGUAAAUUAGAAGUAAUUGCAAUUAUAA